UACCAAACUGACCAACUGGGAAGUCAAAAAAUAUAAACAAAUCGGAGAGAGAAAAAGAAGUACACUCUCAACUCACGAUUCAGACAGAUAGAUUCCAUCCCUUCACCAGAUCUGUUAUUGCUGACUUCGAUUUUAAAAUCCAAAUUCUCAAAUAUCAAUUCUGGAAGAUCAAGGGAAGAUCAUCGAAGAGGAGGAGGAAGAGGAAGAGGAAGAGGAGGCAGCUGUUCCCCAACAAUCGGCCAUGGCAGUGCCGGUAGUGAGGUUCCCGAUCUUCUUGCUCGUCAGGAUCAUCGGGCUCGUUGUAAUGUCGCUGGUCCUGACGUGGACCGUGCACUACAGAGGAGGCUUGGCUCUCAUCUCCGACAACAAAGAUCUCAUCUUUAAUGUGCAUCCUGUUUUAAUGGUGCUUAGCUUUGUACUUCUAAAUGGUGAAGCAAUGCUGGCUUACAAGACAGUCUCGGGAACAAAGAACUACAAAAAAUUAGUCCAUCUCGCUCUGCAAUUCCUGGCUUUCUUUUUGGGUCUGAUCGGUGUAUGGGCUGCUUUGAAGUUUCACAACGACAAGGGCAUUGACAACUUUUACAGCCUCCACUCGUGGUUGGGUCUAGCUUGUCUCUUUUUGUUUGGCAUUCAGUGGGCUGCGGGUUUUUCAACCUUCUGGUAUCCAGGCGGUUCAAGGAACAGCAGAGCUAGUCUCCUACCAUGGCAUGUCUUUUUCGGGGUUUAUAUCUAUGCCCUAGCAGUUGCUACUUGCACAACGGGGAUAUUAGAGAAGGCGACGUUUCUUCAAACCAACCAUGUUAUAUCGCGCUAUUCCACCGAGGCGUUGUUGGUGAAUUCUAUGGGUGUGUUGAUUGUUGUCUUGUGCGGUUUGGUCAUUCUUGCUGUUGUCUCACCUGUAAGUGGAAAAGGUGACAUUAUGAGAGACUAGGUGCAAGUUGGUGUUGGUUUUGGUGUUUUACUUAUGCAAGACAUGCAUUGAAAAGGAUAUAGACAAAAUGACUUUCCCAUAAAUCAAAGAUAUAGAUGUAGCAUACAUUUGUGGCAUGCAAUAAAUUUUUUUCAUACAUUUAUUGAA